GCGGCCACACGUCGCGCCCUCACCUGCCACUAUCGACACGUGCGUGGCGCAACCCUAUUUUGUUGUUCCAAAUUUGUAUCCUACACUAAAACUGUGUUCUGUGGACUUUUUCCAGACAGGAUCUUUACAACACUAUUUAAAAGAUAACCGAGGACUUAUACCAAGUUAUUGCCAGUGAGUUCCAAGUGACGUGCUUAGAGGAUUAUGUUCAGUGACAGUUCGGCAACAGUUGGGGAUCGCAGGUGACAGUUGUGGUACAUGUCAGUGCGAGUGCUGUGUUGUUGAUAAUGAUAGUUUGGCGAGCGAAGAAUACUAGUCGACGGAAAUUUUACGACUGGUCCAAAAUGGCAUCGGAUGUCGCGUCAAGUAUACCGCGGACGACAUUCGUUUGGCUCAUUUUGGCGCUUGUCAACACGCGGGCGCGAGCUGGCGACCUAUGGCCAGUGGACCGGCCCGAGGGCAUGCCAGUCAUCCAGUCACUAGAAGUCAUGUGUGGCAAGGACCACAUGGACGUCCACCUCACAUUCUCACACCCCUUCGAGGGCAUCGUCUCGUCAAAAGGGCAACACGGUGACCCGCGGUGCGUCUACGUGCCGCCAUCUACCGGACAAACCUACUUCUCAUUUCGGAUCGCUUACGCCAAAUGUGGGACUAAGCCAGAUCUCCACGGACAGUUCUACGAGAACACAGUGGUAGUUCAAUACGACAAGGACCUGCUAGAAGUAUGGGACGAAGCCAAGAGGCUGCGGUGUGAGUGGUUCAAUGACUACGAGAAGACUGCUUCUAAACCGCCGAUGGUCAUCGCUGACUUGGAUGUUGUCCAGUUGGACUUCAGAGGAGACAACGUAGAUUGCUGGAUGGAGAUCCAAGCUGGAAAAGGACCUUGGGCACCUCCGGUGUCCGGGAUCGUUCCGCUCGGGUCCACAUUGACCUUAGUAGUUGCCAUUAAUGACUAUAGAGGAGAGUUCGACAUGCGAGUGAAGUCGUGUGCGGCUUCCGAUGGCUCCGGCCACGUCAUACAACUGUCUGAUGAGUACGGCUGCGUGCUGCGACCCAAGAUGAUAUCCAGGUUCUUAAAAGCGAAGGCAGCGGACGAGAGAGCGACGGUCAUAACAUACGCGUUCUUCCACGCAUUCAAGUUCCCUGACGCCCUGAGCGUCCACAUACGUUGCAAGGUGGAGAUCUGCCGACACGGGUGUCUCGAUCACUGUCAGCUAGCUGGGGUCACCCCGCAACGACAUGGGGCUUUGGAUCGGAAGGAUGAUAGAACGCAUCAGGAUCACAACGACAUCAACGAUUCAUCAGCAGAAGACGGUGAUCUAACAUUACCAGAAGAAUCCCAGCACCUCCCCUUAGAAGAAGUGUUCGGAGACGAGGUGUCCGGCGACGCGGUGCCGGCGCCCGCGCCGCUGCCGCAGCGAGCGCCUGCGCCGGUCAGUGAGCCCGACUCCGAUCACAUGUCUGCUGUCGAGGAAUUGGUUGAGGCAUUGGCUAGGCCCUUCACAGACCGUCCAUCCGACCUGGGUGAAAGAGAACGCUUCCCGCACGGCCCGCGCAACUUACCAGUCGAUAUCAAGCCUGAACAGGCGCCCGAAGGAGACGAGGUGGUCGCCGCCAAACCACCAGGACCCGCUGUCGCUGGACCCAGGUCUCUGCGCAAGCGGCGUACGGUCCGCGAUGCGAGAUCAGCUGACGUAGGCGUGUCCGGCAUCUACGAGGUGGUAUCUGAAGCGGAUUUGGCAUUUGGACCUUCCAAGGAGUCCGUUACUGUGUUCAGCGGUCGGAUUCGUGAAGAGGUGGUCUACGGUAUAUGCAUGGGCGCGGUAAGUUUCGGCGCUCUGUUCGCGUCAGCGGCGGGCGCGGCCGCGGGUGCCGCGCUGGCGGCUGCCGUGCUCCUGCAGCGCUUGCGUGCGCGGUCCACGCCACCCGUACCGACUUCGCCGGCCCCCGCCGCGCAUUCGCUGGCGGCCUGGAUGGCGCUCAGACUACUCGGCACGCCGCAACACCCACACCACUCGCGCGACGGGUGAUGGGCACUGGCCGUUAGUUGGUCUGCCCUUCUAGUGGCUUGUAGCUUGACCAUGUAUGAUAGUGGAUUCGAAAGUGGAACUUAGAGACAUUUUGGGCUGCUGCUCAAGGUUUCGUAGUAUUGGGUAUCAAGUAAUAAUCGAAUAGUAGGUAGGUUAAUCCAGAUUUUGACAAGUUAUUUUUUAAUUUAGUAACUGUGUAGUAGGAACACUCUGUAUUAAAUGGUCACAAUAAAAAUCGAAAUCUCCUUAUCACACAUGGACAAGCUACGUUUUGUGAAAGUUACUCCAAUUUUUGUGUAAAAUAUAAAUCUUGAGAAAUAUUACGUACUUACUUCCUUAUUUCUUUAAACUUGCAUUAUUUUCACGUGUCCACAUUGACAAAAUUUAAAAACGGUCAGUCAUGAACUAGGUGUAGUUUUAAUAUCUUUUCUUCAAAAUUUUCUUAAAAAAAUUAUGUUAGUAAGUAAUGUAGAUUUUAUUCUAGAAUUAUAAUAAAUGGUUGUAUAGAAUGCCUUGUUUAAAACCGAUGGUGCUAAGUCGUGCUACGGACCAAGUCCUAUGAAACCUGAUUCAGUUUUCACUUUUGUGAAUAUUAUACAUUAACAUAUAAGUUUUGUACAGAUUUUGGAUUUUUAUACUAUUUUAUAUUAUAGUUGUUUUCAUUUCACGAAGCCCCACGACAUACGUAAUGAAAGUAAAAGAAAUACGGGUCUUUCUGAAAUGGAAAAGCUAUAUUUUGUAUUCUUAGUAUCUAGCUGUAAUAUAAACGUCGAGUCAUGCCAUUAGGUUAAGAUUAGUUAAUUCUACCCUCCAAUAUGUCUUUUUAUAUAAAAAGCUCAAACGUUUUAACUCAAAAGAGGUCGAAUGUUAGAUCUUGAUUUUGAUUUACAAAAUCGUAGAUUUAAGCUUUUUAUAGCUGACAGUACAGAGGCUUUUAUACUUGAAUACUCUUAAUGCAUUUAUAAAUGUUAUUAAAUACUAUUUUUAAAAUGUUUGCUAAGGGGUUUGUUCCAAUAUUUGUAUUGUUUAAUAAAUGAAAAAAUACUGUAGUGCGACGGCCAUGUACGUACCUAUUCUAAAGGAUUUGUUAUGUAUAUUUCGAAUUGAGUGAGUUCAAUAUUUUGUUUAGUCUGCGUAAAUAAUAAUUAAAAUAAAAUAAUAUUGAAAUUAAAAUCAGACGCGAUUAGAUUGUCAAAAAUAUUGGCCAAAACCCCUUAGACAUAAACUGUAAUAAACGCUUUUCUAUUCGCAUGGAUUUAGAAUAUAUUUAUUUACAAUUUAAGCUUAAUUUUAAGUUAAUGUAACAUUUGUAACAUACAUCGACGUAGUACCUAUUUAUGUAGACUACACAUACGAUAGAUUUACACCAAUGAAUAAAUACUACAGCAAUAUGUAGAUUAUAUUUUUUCUAUUAUCUUUCGACAAAAUUGCAUUUAUUUUUGCAUUUAUAUUCUAAUGUCCUAAUUUUGCUCAAAGUUAACUUUAUAUUUAAAUUAUUUUUAAUGAAUCAUAUUUAAUUAAAUAGCUGCUAUGACUAGAUUAAAAUUUAAUUGUAAGUAUAAUUUAAUGUUAGACAGGAACGGUUUGAGAGAUUUCAGAAGUAUUUUCCGAUCAAGACCUUGGUUUAUACAUUAUUGUCUUAUCACCAAACGUAGGCUAAAAAUGAUAACAGUACCAGGUUUAAAAUAAUAUAAGUAGUCCGCGCUACGAAAGAAAUUCCGUGUCCGUGGCGCUAGUGUCGUUAUGACUCUUGAGAAUGAGGCACUAUGCCCGAAAAAAUCUAUACAGAUGGUGCUGUACAGAUUUGUCUUCGUUUUACCUCUAAAUUUCAUAGAUAACAGACAUAAUAUCUUUUAUCUUUGUUUUUGAGUAUAAAUGAUGACCUUUGUUGAUGUUUAAACACAACCACAAUACAACUUCCACCCAUUAUUAUUCUGAUCAACACAAAGAGAAGCAAUAUAGGUAGCAACAUAAAUUCUAUAGGUACCAUAUCUGAUACAAAUAGAUAUAUACCUCUGCCAUUAUAUUAUAUUUUUAAAUAAUGAUGUACUUGAACAACGACAAAAUAGGUAAUUAUCACGUCAAAUCUGUACGACGCCAUCUUUAUUUUUUGAGGCACGUAGCCUGGAAAGUCGCUCAUUAAGUUUAUUAAAAACCAAGGACUACUUUCGUGGCGCUAACAAUAUUUUAGACCUGGUAUUAUUGUUAUUUUAAAGCGGUAAUAAUUUUAUCAAAAAAUAAGUUAAACUGGAGUAAUCGAGUUCUUAUUGUUUAAAUAAUUCGAUUUUAAUUUGAUUAUCGAAUAGGUUUAUUCAGACGCAAGAAUUUUACCCAAAUAUGUGUUUCCACACGGAUAAAAGUCGAAACCUAAUACGAGUCCAAAAUUUCGUGGUAAUAAAUUUUAUUUUUGAAUUCCAAAUAGCUUUGUGACGCUUUGUGCCGAUUAUGACGGAAAAACAUAUAUUUUAAUUUCGUCUGAUAGCACUAAGAAUAGUGCUGUUCUUCACUUACGAUGAGUGUAAGACAGAGAUAGACCUAAUUUUAGAAUUGACAAACUAAAUUAAAAUUAAAUUUAUGCUGACAGAGGCCCCGAUUCCUGCAGACACCUCCUAAUUUUAUUUUAAGUUAUACAUGUCAUUUUCUUAUACACCGAAAAGGAAAGGGACGGAUGAUUGUCAACAAGUUAAUUAAUAGUUAGUAACAAGUUAAAAAAUGAAUUAAUAACCCGUGCGAAUAAGAUAGACGUCUCCCUGGUAUGCAAUCUGUUUGACAUGCUGUCUACUUAAUUCUGUCGGGUUAUUGACCGAUGUAAAAUGUUUAGACGGUUGUUUUAGAUUUCUGCUUAAAAUUGACGUGUAUUCCAUAAAUUUUAUGCCUGUCGAUUAACCCCUUAUUUUCCAACGGAUGAGAAAAUGACAGGUAUAACUUAAAAUAAAAUUAAAUGGCGUCUGCAGGAAUUAGCACCAGAAUUGGCACUAGUAACUCAACAACUCAGUAGGAUAUUCUCUCAACCGUUAUUAAAGUUGUAAUGCCACCCAAAAAUCUUGCAUUUAUUGUAGCAGAAUUUAUUUCAUAAGUUAAUGUUUGUGAGAUGUUUUCCCAUGUGCAAUUUUAAGUUUUUAUGUCUGAGUGUUCAAUAUUAUAACAUUAUUUUACAACGUUUCUAUGGGGUGCGGUUGCUGGUGUAUGUAUGUAUUAUGUUUGUUUUUUUUCUCAGAGGAGGGUCAUAUAUUUGUUUAGUGAUGAGACAUCCCCGACAUUUCACACAAAACACCUCGUAUUACACAGAGACGUUACACGGGCAUUUGUGUGUGACGUCUGAUGCUCAUACGAUUAUACGAUUGAAGACUAAAGUAAGACCGAGAGGUGGGGGGGGGGGUUUGGGUGAGGCAAACCUAGUUGCCGUUUUAUACAAUAUUUUCUGUUCUUAAGCUGAAAUCUUCGACCACAGAAAAAAUAUGACCUUCCUUCAUAAUAAUAGUCUCCGAGGAAUAUAAUAUUUAUUUAUUACGACGAAGAUGUUUUGUUUAUAUUCAAUUUUAUAUUUUUUCUCUGAUGCGUUGAUGAUGUGGUUAACG